AUGCCCACCACAAGGCGCUCGAAACGUGCCCGGGCCGAUACGAAUGGCGAUGCCGUUGAUCCACUGUCUUCUGGCGUUGAAGCGGAGCCUCUCAAAUGCGCGACCGAAACGGAUACGCGUGUUAACGAAGAAGGCGUCGCCCAUCAAGCCAGCCGCAAGGAGGCCCUCUACCGCAAGAAAGGCCGCAAAGAGACCCUCCCCCCCACGAAGAAGGCCGCGCCCACGAAGAAGACCCCCCGAAUCGUUGUUCGAAAUACGACCGAGAUGCCGUCCGAGAUACCAGAGUCGGAAUACAAUGUCGAAGAAGCAGAGCGGCCCGCGCGGGUACAACAGAGGCAACCGAAGCUUAUUAUCCGGGGCUCAAGCGUAAUCUCAGAGUCGCAGUCUGGGAUUGACGGCGUUAUUGUUGAUCCUUUCAACGGCGACGACGAUGUUGACGACGAUAUUGUCUUUACUGGCGCCCAGUCGAAACCGCAUAACCCGCCUCGGCCGACCACCAAAACGACAGCCCGAUUACCACCAGCCCGACAGAGCGACUCCCCUCCCCCUCCCCCUCUACCGAAGUCGAUCUUCGUCAAGAUUCAACGCGAUGUCAAAUGGUUCCGCAGCCAGUAUCUUUCGACGUUCAAAAUCGCCCCGCCAGUGCCCUCGCGAUAUCUACGUCGACAUGCAAUUAAGGUCGAAGUAACAGAUGUGGAGAUAACCGAGCCGUUUGACGGACUCCAUCUCGAACGUGCGGCCGAGCCCAGUUAUAUAACUUUGGUGGAAGAUGUACGUCUCCUUGCGCGGAAGGCUGGAUUGGAAGGCUCAGUCGCCCACACUGCUUGCGAAGUUCGUCUUAGUAAAGUAGCUGGUCCACGUAAACAGAGCGACAUCGCGAUGUUCAAUAUAGCGCCUCGGUCGCCUUCAUCGAUUAGCCGCAUUGACUUUGACUCGCUUAUGAGCCAGAUGAUAGAGGCUGGGGGUACUGAAUUUGUGCUAACUUUGGAGUUCGAAUUCGACCUUGAACCGCCCGUCAACAACGACGAUCUCGUUGUCGCCGCUUCGCCCACGCCGAUCCGGGGCUUCUCAACGCUAGUUCUACCCACCUCCCGACCUUCCCGGUCUCGACUCGGGCGCGCAGGCGCGCAGCUGCCCAGAGGCAUAUCCGCAACGCCGAUAUCUAAUAGAGGCACCCCGAAGGCGCCCUCGACCCGCAAAUCAACAAGCAAUACGAUGGCGGAAGAGAUGUACAGGCGUUACGAAGCCGACAUCGCCAAGAGCCGCACUGAAGAAGUCGUAAACACACGCCUCGUAUUCAACGAGCUCCAUUUUCGAUGGAAAUGCGACCUCGGUUCGAAGUGCAAGAACUUCCAUAACGGCGCGCCAGCUACUUGGUGCUGGCGCGAACAAGGCGGUCAGAAGCAUUACCCACUUACGAGUCAAGACAUCCAAGUGUGGGCUACGGCGAUACGAGAUGGGAAGACUACGAAGGAUAACCCGCCCGUCCAGUUCCAUAGAAAAUGGCGCGAAGUGGUGGAACAACAACAACAACAACAACAACAACAAGCCGUUGAGCAAAGCGGUAUCCAGCCAUGGCCCGUAACUGGGAGGAUCCCGCGCGGCGCGCGCCAUACAAUGAUGCCAACCUUCCACGUCAAUAUCAACAACAACAACACUGGCCCUGGCGACCCCCCGGGCACGACAUGGGGGCCCAGUAACCCAUCUUACCCGCCUCCCUCGACGGCCACUAUCGCCGACCCACCACUACCGCAGUAG